ACACAAGUAAACUGCAUGCAAAAAUCCCACAAGAUCUACCAGCAGUGUUUUCACUCCUAAGUCAGUGUAUGUCUGUGCACACGCACAGACUUAAAGGGAGGCUUCCAAACCUGACAUGCAUACACAUGUGGAUGUCUGCAACUGGUCGUUGCAAAAAAUAGGAAAAAAGGGGGAAAAGUGGACAUGACUAUUUAAAGACCCCCACUUGUCUGCACAGGCUUAAGCAGGAGGCUGGAGUAGAAGAUCUCCAAGGUCCCUUCCAGCUCUAUUCUAUUCUAUAUGCAGGAGCUUAUUGUAAACAUUUCACCCCCUUACUGGAAUACAACCCUUUCUACCUGCAUACAGCCUUUUCUUCAGGAGCACCCUUGAAUAUCAUAUGUCUUGCAUCGCACAGGGAACUACAAGCCGUUUUAGUUGCAAUGUGUAAUUUCCACUUUCUGAUCCUGAUUACUAACUUAUUGACUGCAGUAAUUCACUUAGCAACGGUGGUAAGAAAGGUCACAAAUGGGGCAAAACUCAUUAAAUGUCUCACUUAACAACACAAAUCCAACUCAUCCAAAUAAAAUGGCUUAACAAGAAGGUAUUCGUCUCUUUACAGUGAUUUGUUGAACACUGCUGGAAUACUUUUCUGAAUAAAGGAAAAGAAAGCCGGUUGGUUAAUUCUGCAGGUCCUUGUCCUACUUUCCAAGUAAGUGCUCUGCUGGGAGGGGGAGGGAGAUGGGGGGGGAGAGAGAGAGAGAGAGAGGAGGAGAAUGUGAAUAUAUGUUGUUGUCCUUACUAGACUUUUAGUAAAGAAUGUUUAAUGAACUAUUGUGAUGUUUGUUUAAUUAAGAGAUGAAAUAUGGGGAUAAUUAUGCUGUAUUUAAAUAUGGUAGAUUAGCUGCUAAAAUUGUUUUUACCUGUUGGGAUGAAGGAAAAAGGGGUUUUUUCCCCUCUUUCUCCUGUCCUUUUCUCUCCCCCCCCAUUUGUUUUCUUUUCUAUUUUUCUAUUUGUGGUUUUUAUUGUUUGCACCGGCUUUUACUCUUUUCCUUUGUAAUCCUUAAUAAAAAUAUUUGAAAAACAGAGAACAUUGUAAUGAGAGACAGAGAUGGACAAAGAGAGAUAGAGCAUAACCUGCUAUAAAAAAAGAUUAUGACAGCUCAGAUUAGAUUGCAGGAUCCUCUGUAGGACUCAUUAUGAGUCCUCUGGCUUUCAGGGGGUGAUGAAGUGGGUAAGAGAUGCAAAGAGAGUGACUGGAGGAAAAUGAGUGAACCUGAUCAAGCACAAUUAAAGUUCUUAAACUUUUCUUUGUGAUAUUGGUAAAGGUGUUGAAACAUUUUAAUGUCCAUGUUAAAUUCAUGAAGAGUUGGCUGGCUGGAGAGGGGGGAUCAUAGUUGAAGGAAGUGGAAGUGCAACAGCAGGAUUGCUCCCAAACUCCACCCUCGCCACUGGGUAAAACAGCGGUGGAGUGCUCCGUCCUGGGGAGGAAGCAGCAGUGGCAGUGGACUGCUCCACCAGGGGAGGGGGGGAAGUGGUGGUGGUGGGGGAAUGUUGCUGUGAACUGAUUGUCAAAUGAUUUGAUUCCCAGUACUGGUUAUAACUGCCAAUAUGUGACACCCGCCAGCAUGAGAUUUAUUGUGCUUUUCAACCUCCAGUAGGCCAACCAUGGAUAAAUCAUGCAAGAAAAGAAAAAUUUCAGAAGAAAACAGAGUGUUUAAUGAUACAUGGGCACAUUCAUUUGCUUUCACAACUGACAAGACUGGUUUACCAGUAUGUUUAAUAUGUAAUGAGAAAUUGGCAAACAACAAAAAGUCAAAUGUUGCAAGACAUUUCCAGAAUAAACACGCAGCCUUUGCUGAAAAAUACCCGGAUGGAGAUGAGAGAAAAAAAGCCGUUGAUGCGGAAGGUUGAUCUGAGCAAGAAUCAUUUUCAGAAGUGGGUGAAGUCUGCAAAUUCGACUACAUAUGCUAGUUUUGCGGCCGCUCAGGAAAUAGUCAGACAUGGGAAGCCAUUCACAGAUGGAGAGUAUAUCAAGGAAUCAUUCAUUAAGAUUUCAGAACAUCUAUUCUCGGACUUCAAAAACAAGAGUGAAAUUGUGCAGAAAAUCAGAGAGAUGCCUCUCUGCGAAGACUGUCAAAGAUCGAACCAUAAAAAUGGCAGAAAACAUCACCAGACUGCAAAUUAACGACAUCAAUUCAGCUGUGGCAUACUCAAUCGCCUGUGAUGCAUCCAAAGACAAAGGUGAUAUUGAACAAAUAGCGCUGUUCUGCCAAUAUGUGAACUCUGCUGGGCCACAGGAAGAAAUGAUUGAGUUGAUACCACUAAAAGGCCAAGCACGGGGAGAGGACAUCUGUGAGGCUGUUUUGGAUUAUUUAAGAACCAAUGAAAUAAACACCACCCACCUGGUGUCAGUGGCUACUGAUGGGGCACCGAGUAUGACAGGAGCACACAAGGGCUUUGUGGCUUUACUGCAGAAGUCGCUGGGUAGAAAGCUGCUAACAUUUCACUGCAUCCUUCACCAAGAGGCGUUGUGCGCUCAAACAUUUCCUCCGGAAUGCACAGAAGUGAUGAAUGUUGUCAUUCAGAUUGUCAAUAAAAUAAUGGCACAAGGUUUAAAUCACCGUCAGUUCCGUUUGCUACUAGAGGAGAUGGAAAGCACAUAUUCUGAUCUCCUGCUGCACAACAAAGUCCGGUGGCUGUCCAGAGGGGAGGUGCUAAAACGCUUUGCUGCAUGUCUGGAAGAGGUGAAAACUUUCUUGGGCAGCAAAGGGCUCACCUUUCCUGAGCUGGAACAACCAGAGUGGCUGGAAAAGCUACACUUCAUGGUUGAUAUGACAGCACACCUGAACACACUGAACACAAUUCUUCAGGGUAAAGGAAGCACAGCCCUGCACAUGCUGGAGGAAGUUUUGGCAUUUGAGCGCAAGUUGACAGUGUUUGGCAGAGAUUUACAGAGAGGUACACUGUCUCACUUCCCCUCUUUGCGACAGUUCAAAGAAGGUGACAAUACGAUAAAUUCAGAGUAUUUGCAGUCUGCAAUCAUUGCAAUGCAGACAUCAUUUGGGAAGCGAUUCUGUGAGUUCCGAAAGGAAAAAACCACAUUAUCUUUCCCUGUCACUCCCCUGACCAGCGAUCCAUCUGCAUUUAAUAUGACUGCAUUUGCAGGGGUAAGUCAACCCGACCUGGAGAUGGAACUUGCAGACAUAGCCGACAAAGAUAUAUGGGUGUCCAAAUUCCAACGCUUGAGAGAUAAUCUUGAAGAUGUUGCCCGUCAGAAGGCCAAUCUUGCGCUGAAUCACAAAUGGAGUGACAUUGAAAACCUUCCCAAACAGGACAAACUUAUAUACGACACAUGGAAUGCCAUCCCCAGCACUUACUCAAAUAUGAAAAAAUACGCAUUUGGAAUCCUGUCGAUCUUUGGAUCCACAUACGUAUGUGAACAGGUCUUUUCAAACAUGAAUUACAUUAAAAACAAAUAUUGUUCACGCCUCACAGACAAUAGCCUGCAAUCUUGUCUAAAGAUGAAAGUGACGUCUUACAGCCCUGAUGUUCAGAUGCUGUGUGCUGAUGUUGAGAAGCAAAAAUCACAUUAACCAGCUGACUGCACGCUCCAAUACAGACAAACAGAUGGACUGGCGGAUGGGCAGAUGGACAGACGAGUGGACGGACGGGCAGAUGGACUGACAGACGGGCAUAUGGACUGACGGAGAGGCAGACAGAUGGACAAGCGGGCGGACGGACAGAUGGACAGACUGACGGACGGGCAGAUGGACUGAGGGAUGGGCAGAUGGCCUGAUGGAGAGGCAGACAGAUGGACUGGUGGGCGGACAGAAUGGAUGGAAUGACAGAAGCACAGCAUUCUGGGUUUGCUGCAGGCGGAUAAGUUAAGUUUGGCUUUUUAUUUCAUAAAUAUGAGGAGGACUCAAAUAGCUGUUAUUGUAUUUGAAAGUAACCUGCAACCCAAAGUCUUCUUUUUUGGAGUUCAAAAUGUUUUUUGUUGCAUGUUGAAAUAAAAAUUGACUAUUAUUUUGCAAAUAUAUAUUUGACGUUCAGUGAAAUAAUUCUUUUUUAAUUCAUUGUCAGCUGACUGCACGCUCCAGUACAGACAGAUGACUGGCGGAUGGGCAAAUGGACUGGCGGACGGGCAGAUGGAUGGACGGACAGACAGAUGGACAGAUGGGCAGAUGGACGGGCAGACGGAUGGACGGGCAGACAGACGGACGAUCAGACGGAUGGGCAGAUGGACUGGCGGGCGGGAAGAUAUGCGGACAGACGAGCGGUCUGACAGAUGGGUGGAUGGAUGGACGCAAUGACAAGCAGACAACGUUUGGGUUUACUGCAGGCGGAUAAGUUAAGUUUGGCUUUUUAUUUAAUAAAUAAAUAUGAGGAGGACUCAAAUAGACAUUCAGUAUUUUACUUGAAGGUAACCUUCAACCCAGCAUCUUUUUUUUUAGUUCGAAAUGUUUUUCUUGCAUGUAGUGCAGAAAUAAAAAAAUGUUUUCUUUGUAGCAGUUCAUUGAUUUCAUAAAUGCAACACACUAUAAUUUUUUUAUACAUAGCACAAAGG